AUGGGAAGAAAGGCUCGUCAUCUCACCCUCGAUGAAAAGAAAGCUGCUAAGUGUGAGCAGCAAAAGAAGUAUGCACAGUCAGACCGUGGCCGCGUGCGCAAAGCCGUUCAAAACAAACGGGCUUACACGGCUCGUAAAGGGAACAUCAUACCUAGUCCCUUCCACCGCGUCAUACCCGGUAUAGCACAAGAUAUCCUACGGCUCGCACGUAGACCAUGUCCGCUAUCCACCGCCCAAGAUCCCGAAGCACCAGAGGACCUUGGCCUUUGGACAACGCCGUACAUUCUCGAGGUACCUGAGGCGUACGAGGAGGCGGAUACCGAAUGGGGGGAAAUGGACGACUUCUUCCGAGAGAAACCAGCAGAAUUACAAGACAUGGCUGCUUUCGAGCGAUCGUUGCACGCACAUCAAUUCGCGUGCCUAAAGGAGGCUGGGUUGGCGCGCGUGCGGCAGUGGUCAGAUUGCGUUGACAAGGAGGCCGUUGUAACAUACUGGAACGGUGAACUGUCUGCACGUUUGCGUGCAUGGGAGGAUAUGAAUGCGGAUGAUAGAGCCAGAGGGAAUAUUGGGCAGUUGGUCUGGGACAUCGGACGCGAAUGGGCCGCUAAGAUUGUCUGUACCUUGAAAGUGGAGAUUGACUUGAUGGUGACACCGGAGGAUGAGUACACUCAGGCGAUCGACAUCAUGGUCAAGCGUCGACGUGGCCGAGAUGGUCUAGAGACCCUCCUUCUCGACGAUGACGAUGACGACAGAGAGGCAACCGCCCGAAAUCGACGACGGCCUGCGCCAACAGCACCUCCACAGGAAGAAGUAUAUCGUCGAAUCGACUACGCCUCUUCAACUGCCCAUGUCUCAGCAAGGACGACAUAUAUGUCUGUCGCGGCGUCCUCUGCUUCACACGAAAGACCGAGUGCCACAAAGCCUUCGGAUGCGACUCUUCAUUCGGUAUUCGGAGACUUGGACCUCGGUGAUGAUCCAGACGAGCCGUUUGAGACCAUGCAAAUCGAAUUCUUCCAUGAUAUUGCGGACUUCGUCGAUGAACAUGUCAAACGCAAACGAACAGCCGGGGUGAGUAUGUGA